GUCUCCAUCCAUGGCAUUGAGGGGGCCUUCUCUGACCCUGGCACAAAGACUGUCAUCCCUGCUAAGGUUAUUGCUAAGUUCUCUAUCAGACAAGUUCCUAACAUGGACCCUGCUAUGGUCAAGAAACAGGUAACAGACUACCUUCACUCAGUGUUUGCCAAGCGAAAGAGUCCCAAUAAGCUGAAAGUCACCAUGGUGAUCGGGGCCAAGCCUUGGCUGGCUGACACUCGGCAUCCUCUCUAUGAGGCUGGGAAGGCUGCUGUCAAGAGAGUUUUUGACAUGCAUCCUGAUCUGAUCCGUGAGGGCGGGACCAUCCCUAUCACCCGAACCUUCCAGGAUGUGACGGGGAAAAGCAUCAUCAUGAUGCCCAUUGGAGGCUUUGAUGACGGGCUGCACUCCCAAAAUGAAAAAAUCAGCCGGUACAAUUAUAUUGAGGGAACCAAGCUAUUCGUGUCCUACCUGCAUGAAGUAUCUCAGAUUAAGCAGACUAGUGUGUGAUGUGUCGUUCCACCUUUAUAUCACAUCCUCAUCCAUUCCAGCUACAGCAAUGUCCCUGAAAUAAUCUAUCUUGUUAGCAAUCUUAGUAAUAUAAUCCAUGUGCUUCUUUUUCUGAUUGGUUAAAAUGUCUGAAUUCAUCGCAAGUUGCUUUCCUUGUCACUCUCUUGUCACAUGAGGCAUAUGUUAUGCUCUAUAAUGUCACAUCAUACUGCAUGUGUGUUUGUCUGUAUCAUGUAGUUAAAGCUGAGCAAUGCAAACAAAAAAAUAAAUAAAUUUUAA